GUGGAAGUUCAAAACUGACCAUCACACUCGCAACGUGUGGCUCACAAAUUCAACCGUCCACACGGACCCGCUUGGAGGCUCGGCUGCCACCUCUUCGGCCCGGACCCGCACUCCCCACUCCCCACUCCCCACUCCUCCCCACCCGGGGACCCUGCCUCCGGGCCGCCCUCCGGGCCUGCCGGCCAAGGGGCCCCCGGCACGGACGGCGCCGCCCUCGCACCCAAACCUGCCAUGCAGGGAACAGUGUCCUCCAGCUCUUCUUUAAGUCCAGGGGUGGCCACGCUAACGGCAACUACCCAAUCCCAGGGCAGAAGCGAGACCUCAUUUCCACUCAUCACUGAGGAGGAAAUCUGCAGGUUACCAGGCCAGCUCAGAAUCCAGCCUUCCCUGUGGAGCAAGGAGGAUGUGAUUCAUUGGCUGAGAUGGGCCGAAAAGGAAUACUCCCUCCGGCGGAUCGUGGAAAACAAAUUUGAAAUGAACGGAAAAGCCCUCUGCAUCCUGACCAAGGACGACUUCCGAUACAGAGCCCCGAGUUCAGGUGAUGUUUUGUACGAACUACUUCAGUACAUCAAGACUCAGAGGCAAGCCCUGGUCUGUGGCCCAUUCUUCGGCACACCACUGAGGCAGACCUUAGCUGGACAGCACCAUGGCCCUUUGGAAGAGCGGAUUUACCAAUCCCACCCUUCCCUCAAAGGAGUCCUGCCAGUACACCCACUGGACGUGGUGUCCGUCAACUCCCCAAGCAAGGCCGACCCCUCCCUCCCGCCGAGUGGUAUCUCCCGCAGGGAGGAGCCACUCAAUCUCUCGCACAGAUCUGAAGUCAGCUACAGCGCUGAGGUUAUCUGCUCUUUUACCACAGUCCCACAAGCCCCCAUUGAUGGGAAAAUAGCAGACUGCCGGUUGCUCUGGGAUUAUGUGUAUCAGCUCCUUUCCGACCGCCGAUACGAACGUUAUAUCAAGUGGGAAGAUCAGGAGGCCAAGGUCUUUCGAGUCGUUGACCCGAAUGGGCUUGCCAGACUCUGGGGAAACCACAAGAACCGAGUCAACAUGACAUAUGAGAAGAUGUCACGGGCUUUGCGGCACUACUAUAAACUGAAUAUAAUCAAAAAGGAACCAGGCCAAAAGCUGUUGUUUAGAUUUCUGAAAACCCCUGGGGAGAUAGUCCAUGACAAAUCGAGCAAGCUGGAACAGCUCGCCCACCAGGAGCAGGAGGGUCUGGACUUCCAGGAGGAGCUGCUGGAAAUAUCACCCUAAGGAACUUCCAACUCUGGAAAACGCUCUCCGGACAAUGCCCAGGGCUUACCCCGCCCCAUAAGAACCCCAGCCUGGGCCAAGGCCACCCCUGCUUCCUGAACUCCGGGGUCCCCCCUUCCUCACCACUCCACCCCAGUCGCUGCUUUGGAUUAGUUCUUAUUUUUCUUCAAGACUCUGAAAGCAGCCUGGAGGAUUGGAGGGGAGUGGGGUGGGGGGAGCUGGAGAUGGAGAAGGCAUCACCUGAUCUCCCGCUGGAGAUGGACACCUCGCCUUUCACUAUCUCCCGUUAUUCUGUCCUGUAGGGAUUGUGUUUGGGAUGGUUGAGGGUUGGGUGGCCCUGGGACGAGGUGGGGAUUGAGUGAAGGUAAGUAGGUACCAUUUCCUCUCGCGCGUAUUUUCUGCCGAUGUUAAAAUUGAGACUUUAAUCCGGCCUCUGCCCUCGCCCUCCUCCAAGCCUGCGGGACAAGGAGGAGCCGCUGUGAGAAUCAUCAGUUCGCCCAUCUGGAGCACAAAACCAGGUCUGCUUCUUCUAUGAGGAAAUCUGAUUCCCCUCUUCCUCAUCAUCAAAAUGUGGUAUUUGUUAAGUGCUUACUCUAGGCCGAGCACUGUCCUAAGAGGUGGAGUAGGUAUGAUAUGAUCAAAUGAGACACAGUCCCUAAUGCACAUGGGGCUCACAGUCUAAGGGGGAGGGAGAACAGAUAUUGAACCCCCAUUUUACAGAGGAGCGAACUGAGCAGUUCAACGACUGACUCAAGGCCACCCAACGGCCAUGCGGCGAAGCAGGAAUUAAAACCCAGGCCUCCUGACUUCGGGUGCUAUGCUCUUUCCACCAGACCGUCUGAACAAUCCUAUAUAGAGAUCCAGCUGAUUUGAGGGCUCAGGCACCCAAACUAAGCCCAAGUAGGGGGUUUUUCUGAAAAAGAGCCAUCUUUACUUUCAAGGUGACUAGGGUAAGCGGUUGCCUUUCUGAUAUGGCUUUUGGACUGAGGAAGAAGCGGUAACACACACAGUUCCAGGAACACGUCUCUUCGUUAUCAUUUGACCAUGGAAGGUUACCCGCUAGGGCUGGGCAGGCUCUCUCUCCACUUCAAUCAAUCAAUCAAUCAAUCAAUCAAUGGUAUUUAUUGAGCAUUGACUAUG